AAGGCUCACAAAUAAUAAAGAUAAAGAGUUUUUUCUCUGAAUGUGGGUGCUUUCUUAGCUACAUUGUUAUAGAGAUACAUAGAUAUAUUUAGUAAAAUAUACAAUUCAUAAUAUAUUUUGAUAUGGGAUUUGACUGAAUUUGUUUGAUCCCACAAGGUGGAAGUGGAAGUGCACCGAAGAAAUCCCACGUGGAUGAGAAAAGACCAGCCCCCCUGGACAUACAGAGUUACAAAUUCCACCGAGAGCUAGGAGAAGGCAUGUUUGGACAGGUGAUGUUGGCAUCAUAUACAUCAAAGAAACAACUUGUGGCAAUUAAGAAGGUGCCCAAACAACCCAGCAAGGGCAACUUUACUUGCAUCAUGAAGGAGGCCCGACUCUUGAAGAUCGCCAGAGGAUGCCCCUUUCUUUGCCAUUCUCAUGCCACAUUCCAGUCCGAGCUGCAUGCCUUCUUCGUGCUCGAAUAUGCCGGCGGGGGAACACUGUACAAAGUGAUUGAAGAUCAAGGAAGUCUACCAAUGAAGAACAUCCAGUAAGUGAUAAGAUUCUUACUAUAGACUGAGGAAUAAAAAAAAGAUGUGUGCACAGCAGCAGAACCGGGCACCACUAGAGGGCAAGAAAAUCUAAUUUAAAUAUUUGUUUUUAUAUAUACAUUUUAUUGCAGGUUCGGGAAUCACAACAUUACAUCUGUAGAUAAUAAAAUAGAAAUGCAGAAUUUGUUGGAAAUGUCCUUCAUGUAAAUUCAUGCACAGCUGUGUAUUGGUUCUUGGGCCUUUGCCUGAAUAAAGCACUGCGUAU